UCUUUAUUACUGUUUAGUUGUUUGGUUAUUAAAGUUCUGGCUGGGUAGACAGUCGUAAGCAAACUACUGGCUGGUGCGAGGGCCAUUGAUUGUUGGGAGAUCCUAGUGAGGCCAAUUUGUGCCAGCAUUGGCACAUACUAGUUGUAGUAACAGGAAGAAUUGCAGAACGAUGAGGACAAUUAUGUUACGCCGUUUCUGGAGAUUGGAGCUAUUGCAGGAGACCACAGGCAGAGAGCUUCCUGGUACCACUCUUCUCCAGUUUUGAAACUCUCUAUAUUGUGCUGAUUAGUCUCUUGAAUUCGCAUCGUAAGUAAGUUUCCUUACCGCUCCCUUCACUUCACAUGUUGGAACCUGAUUUGUUGAGCUUCAUUUUUCAAAGACUUUUAGUGCACGAAAAUGACAUUGAAGUAAGCAUGGAGUGAAUAAUAGCCGUGAUGAAUGUAGUACAACUGCAGGCCUGGGUUCUUUGUUCUUGUUGAACCAAAGACGUUUAGGAAGAUACGCUGGAUCACCAGGUGCAGCCGAAGGAGUCGUGGUGCGUGGUAUCAAAGGAAUAUGAAGCCACGGUAACAUUAAUGGAGAUCAAAGUUAUGGUGAGUGGUAUCAAAGGAAUAUGAAGCCACGGUAACAUUUAUGCAGAUCAAAGUUAAUGUACGCCGCCUACUACAUCUCAACUGUGGUCUUUCGAUGAAUCGGAAGCCACGGUAACAUUUAUGGAGAUCAAAGUUCUUGCCAGUUGCCUGAUCUUGGAGUUUCUGAGGAGAUGAAGCUUCAGAAUCCCACCGAAGUUAUAGGACCACAACGGCUAUGGCUAUGGCUAUGGCCAUAACUUGUACCACACGAAAUAGGAUUGAGAAAUGAGAACUGGUCUCGCCAAAUUGCUUCACAGUCCCUUGAUUUCACUUCACAAAUACACUUGGGCUUAAAGGCCCAUCUGGACGCUAGCCGCUUAAACCCCUCUGGCUCCUCGGGAGAUCGGUAAGGCGAAGCAACAAUGUUAUCCACUCUGCAUUCCCCUCGCUCACUGUCCCGCUUCCCGCUCCACCUCACCUCUUCCGUUAAACCCCGCGCCGCCUCCGCUUCCUCUCUCUCCGACUACCCGCCGUCGCCGCCGCUCCCAGUUGCCCAAUCCCCAGGGGGAGCGCCGGCCUCCCAAAUCCUGACCAUCCGCCGCUCCCUCCUCUCCGGAUCCGUCACUGCUACCCAGCUAGCCGAGUCUUACUUGUCCCGCCUACGCCUCACGGAGCCGCAGCUCAAUUCCUUCAUACACGUCUCCGAUUCCGUGUUGAAAUCCGCGCAAGAGAUCGAUGACAAGAUUGCAAAAGGCGGAGGUGAAGCAUUGGGACCCCUCGCCGGGGUCAUGGUCGGCGUCAAGGAUAAUAUCUGCACCGUGGAUAUGCCGUCCACAGGUGGGUCCCGUAUUCUGGAGAACUACCGGCCGCCUUUUGAUGCCACGGCGGUGAAGAGGCUGAAGGAGAAAGGCGGGAUUGUGGUGGGGAAGACUAAUUUGGAUGAGUUUGGUAUGGGAAGUACUACAGAAGGUUCUGGGUUUCAGGUGACUGCGAACCCUUGGGAUUUGGGUCGUGUGCCUGGUGGAUCGUCGGGGGGAUCGGCUUCCGCGGUAUCUGCUCGGCAAUGCGUAGUUUCAUUGGGAAGUGAUACAGGUGGAAGUGUAAGACAGCCAGCAUCAUUCUGUGGUGUGGUUGGGUUAAAGCCGACCUAUGGACGUGUCUCGAGGUUUGGGCUUAUGGCAUAUGCAUCUUCACUUGACGUAAUCGGAUGUCUCGGGACAUCAGUGGCUGAUGUUGGUAUAUUUCUCAAUGCAAUCUCCGGUCAUGAUAAGUUUGAUGCUACUAGCAGCAAGCAAGAAGUUCCAGAUUUUGAAUCUCUUUUUGCUUCCAUAAACCUACUGGAGUCCAAACCAUUGAGUGGGCUGAAGGUGGGUCUUAUACGGGAAACCCUUGAUGAUGGUGUGGACAGUGGAGUUAAGUCAGCAAUAAACGCUGCUGUUUUGCAUAUGCAAGAGUUGGGCUGCAUUGUCAAUGAGGUUUCAUUGUCUUCUUUCUCCCUUGGUUUACCUGCCUACUAUAUUCUUGCCUCAUCUGAGUCAUCUUCAAACUUGUCUCGUUAUGAUGGUGUCAGAUAUGGAAAACAAACAGUAUCUGAUGAGUUAAAUGCUCUUUAUGCGGAUUCGAGAGCAAGUGGUUUUGGUCCUGAGGUUAAAAUGCGAAUUUUAAUGGGAACAUAUGCUCUCUCAGCUGGUUAUUAUGAUGCUUAUUACAAGCGUGCUCAACAGGUAAGGACAUUGAUUCGAGAAAGCUUCAAGACAGCACUAGACUCUAAUGACAUUCUAAUUUCCCCAGCUGCGCCAUCGGUAGCUUAUGAGAUGGGUGAAAAGAAAAACGAUCCGUUGUCAAUGUACGCUGGAGACAUAAUGACUGUAAAUGUUAACUUGGCUGGGCUUCCAGCACUGGUUGUACCUUGUGGAUUUGUUGAGGGAGGGCCUUCGGGACUUCCAGUCGGUCUCCAAAUGAUUGGAGCAGCAUUUCAUGAGGAGAAACUGCUAAAAAUCGGCCACCUCUUUGAGCAGACCCUUCAAGGAUGCAGGUUUGUUCCACCAUUGGUAGCUGAUGAUCCGACUUGGGAGUAGAACCUAAUUCUAACUAGUUUCAUCGUGAUAGGCGAGACACAUAACUUGAACAUAUUCGUAGAAAUGAACAUACUCGUGCAUGCAUUAAGUAAAUUAUUCUGAAUAUUAUUUUUUUCUGAAACGGGAUUCCGAACUCAACUGAGCUAGAGCAACCGUCUGGUAUUAACUAAUGGAGAGAAAGGCGAUCACUUGCUUAGUGCAACCGUCUGAUAUCAUGCUUACUUGACACUAUCGCAGCAACUCUUCGUUAAAAUUUUAUAUAUUAGAUGAAGGGCUGAUGCUUUAAAAAUCCAAUUCGCGGAUUUUCCUACUGUAUUUUGUUGAGGGACUGGUAUAUGUGAAUUCGCAGGGGCUCUGACGUGUGCUUAAUUAGAGAUUUCCUUGUUAGUUCUGAGUGUUAGGUUACCAUGGCCAUAAAUCGAGCCGAAAUCUCCAUCAUUCUGAGCUCCAAUUUCUCCUAACAAAUCCAUGAAUUCAUC